AUGGGCUGGAGCACCUGGAACCAAUUCGGCCCCCUAAUCACCUCCACCCUAAUCCAAAGCACCAUCAACAGCAUGGUCCACAACCAACUCCAAAACGCCGGAUACAUCUACAUAAACAUCGACGACGGAUGGCAACGGCACAAAGGCCCACGAUCAUCCUACCCUCUCGAAGCCGAUCCUAUUAAAUUCCCAAACGGCAUAAAAGCACUAGCAGAUUAUGCACAUGAACGAGGAUUUAAAUUAGGUAUUUAUUCAGGUCCUGGUGAUGUGACGUGUGCGGGAUAUACGGGGAGUUUGGGGCAUGAAGAGGAAGAUGCGAGGAUGUUUGCUGAGUGGGGAGUUGAUCAUUUGAAAUAUGAUAGCGAAGCACCAAAAUCCAAAGUCCAAGAAAUUGUAUUGAAAAUGUCAAAGGCUUUACGAGCGAGUGGUCGUGCAAUCGUAUACCAUGCAUGUCAUUGUGGAUGGGCCGAUAUCUGGGAAUGGGCUGCAGAAGAGGGAGCAAAUCAAUGGCGAAUCGGACAAGACAUCUCUGACGAUUUCAACUAUCCGGGAAAGCGAGAAAAAUAUUAUUUCGACGUAUUAGAUAUGAUAGAUCGAGGAAAUAACCUAGUGCAAUAUUCGGGUCCGGGUCAUUGGAAUGAUUAUGAUGUGCUUAUUGUUGGUCUGAAUGGAAAUUCUACUCAGCUGGUUGGAACGGGUGCGUCGAAUAUUGAGUAUCGUACUCAUUUUAGUAUGUGGGCUAUGGUUGCUUCUCCUUUGCUUAUUGGUUCUGAUAUACGCACUUUGGAUAUGUAUGAUCUUCAAACUCUUACGAAUAGGGAGAUUAUUGAGAUAAAUCAAGAUUCGCUGGGAAUAUCGGCUCAAACGGUUGGUGUAGGUUAUCAAGCUGAUGGGGAUCUUCAAGUAUAUGCUAAAGAAAUGUCGGAUGGGAGUUAUGCCGUUGCACUACUCAAUCGGGGAAGUUUCACUGCGGAAAUGAGCUUGAGUCCUCGGCGGGAUCUUCUUAUGACUUGGGAUCAUUAUCGAGUUCGUGAUUUGUGGAAACAUAGGGAGGGGAUUUAUGAUAUUCCAUAUACUGUGGAAGUAAUGCCUCAUGAAGCUAAGAUUUUGAGAGUUUGGGAAGUUCAAGCCAAUGCAUCAAUGUGCUUGUUCCAGUAA